AUGGGAUAAACCUGUUCGUGUCAACAGAAAAUUGAUGAGGACUAAUAUCUUGAAGAUUCUCAACAUUAAGCCAACUAGCAAAAGCAAACUGAACUCUCUCCAAAUGCAGAUAAGAUUGAAGGGGAAGAAUAAGAAUAAGAAAAAGAACAAUAAACCGUUGACAUAGAUCCAAUACAACUGAAAUCAUAUGAAAUUGAGGAUAAUUGUCCAUAAGGCCUUUAACCACUUUCAUUUUAAGCCUAAUAAGAAUUCAUUGAUUAAUUUCCUGCUAUUGUGAAAAAAUAACUGUAGAAACUACCAAAACUUGAAAUUAGGGUGUCAUUAUCACCAAAUUAUAAAAGAAUCCCUCUAAUUGAUACGCCUUAUUAAUUAUAAAGUGGAGAUGUUUAUGUAGGAUAAUGGGCUGAAGGAAAACCCUUUGGUUUAGGCAAAAUAUAUUAUCUUGAUCACCAAGUUUAUGAAGGCCAAGUUAUUGAUGGAGUUCCUGAUGGAGAAGGCAGAAAAAUAUUCAAAGAUGGUUCAUAUUACAGUGGGCAAUUUAAAAUAGGAGAAAUAAGCGGAAAGGGUAAGUUCACAAGAUUGGAUGGUUUCAAAUACGAAGGUGAACUCCUAAACGGUUUACCUGAUGGCAAUGGAAUUGAAACUUGGCCAGAUGAAACCACUUAUUAAGGAAUGUACAAAUUAGGUAAAAAACAUGGAAAAGGUACUUUCACGUGGGGUAAUAGGAAAAAUAAGAGCACAGGUAAAUUAGAAACAUAUACUGGCUAAUUUAAUAAUGAUUUAUUUUAUGGAUCAGGAAGAUAUGAAUGGUCUGAUGGUAGGAUCUAUGAUGGAGAGUGGGUCGAUGGAAAAAUGGAAGGGGAAGGAUAGUUCAUAUGGCCAGAUAAGAGAAAAUACACUGGACAUUAUUUGAAAGAUUUCAAAUCUGGUUACGGUGAAUUAGAAUGGCCUGAUGGAAAAAAAUUGGCAGGUUAAUGGAGAAUGGGCAAAUUGAAUGGAAUCGUCACUCUCACUAUCAAAGGUAAAGUUAAGGAAGGAUAAUCUGAACCGGAACCUGAUAAAGUUUUUAUAUCAGAAUGGGAAGACGGAAAAAGAAUGAGAUGGGUGGAUAAUUUAAAUCAUAGUGGAAUACACAGCAAUAUUAGUUUUAUAAGGAAUUUUGAUGAACAUUAAUUUCAAUAAAACACUAGCCAAAUGUUACAUACACAAAUAAAAUAAGAUGAUAUGUAGUCAUAUUAAUAGAAUUCUGUAUUAAAUAAUUCUAAAAACUAACAAUAACAAACAAUUUUUUAAUAAAAUUCAUAUACCAAGUAACAGUAAUAAUAAUAAUAAUAACAACAAUAAUAUUAAUAACAAAAAUAAUAAUAGUAAAAUCAAAAUAAUUAAUCUAUAAAAUAAAAUUAAUAUGAAGUAGCCAGCUACAUUAUUGAGGAGAAUUAAUUUUAAUAGUAUAGUGAAACUAAGAAAUAACACUAAUCUCAAAGUAUAAUAGGUAAGGAGAAUAAUUAACAGAACUAAAAAGAAAAAAUAGGUAUUUGA